AUGGAACGAGCACACGAGCAGCUCAUGGCGGCGACUCCAUGGUUACAAGAUUUGGGUUCCUCCUUUCCCCAGGGCCCUUUCGGUCUGUCCCAGAAAAUGGAUGGGCUUUUCCACUCGGAUGUAUUUGACGACGUCAUCAACCCUCGACCAGAUUUCUAUCUUGGAGAUGAUUUUGCACAUCUCUUGAACACUUCCUUCCACACUCCGAACGAAUUUGCACAAAGUCCUGCGAGCUCUUCUUCGUCCUUCUCAGACGUCGGCAGCAAUGGACCCAACGAUGACGGCACGCGCUCCGUCGGAAGGCUCCCGCAAAGUGGGCGCAAAAUGGUUGCAUUGGCCCCAGCUCGGCCCAAAUCACCACCAAGUGGGGAGCUCCAGCCACCAAAGGGUUCAAGAUAUCACAAGCGGAGGGAGCAGAAUCGUGCAGCACAACGCGCCUUUAGGAUGCGGAAAGAGCAGCAUGUCAAGGACCUCGAGGACAAGGUAGUGGCCCUUGAGGCGACGCAAGAGAAGCUCAGUGCCGAGAACGUUCGAUUGCAAGAGGACUUGAACAAAGCGACAGUCGAGAACACCAUCCUUCGAAGCUUGACGACUCCAGGCGGCCCGCGGGAGAACGGCACAUCCACGUCUUCUCAAUACGGCUUGGAUGGUGAGGCGGAGCGUCUAGCUUUCAUGAACACUCCCGCCAUUCCGAGUUUUGACUCACGGCAUUUCACAAGUGCAACUGCACAGUGCAAUGUGAGAGGUGGUGUGCUGAAAGGAAGCAAGAUUUGGGAGUUUAUCAUUGGUCAUCCGCUGUUUCAAGAGGGAUUGAUAGAUGUCAACAUGGUCGCCCAGCAGCUCCUGAAGUACCCUCACAGGGACAAUGGUGGCUGCAUUGCUGAAGGGGUCCUCGUUGAAUGCAUUGAAAAGAGCGUCAAAACUUACGUUCCAGUACUCGAUCCUAUACAACCGGCGAAACCACCCGAGGACUUCAACAGCCUGAAACCUGCGUUUUUUAACUAUGAUCUGCCUGGCGGACCAAAUCGAAAAUCCGACAGCGUAGGGGGCCGGGCGGGAGGAAAUUCUAGCAGAAACUCGUCGUCGGUGAGCCCAUUGGCCGAUACAACGACUCCCGCUGUGGCAUCUUCACCAGAUGCAGCCAAAUCUGAAGACUCAGCUGGCUUCACACCACCUGCUUUUGUAUCGCAUUCAGAAGAUGCAAGGAUUCUAUCUUUAGAUGCCGCUCUGGAUCCCAGGAGUUUGGGAGGCAAGUCAGGCAGCGAGAGGGCAGAUUCAAGCCGGGAAAGCACCGAUGCCAUCAAUCAAUAUGAUCCCAUUCAUCUCAGACUCCUCAAUCGACCUUCCGCCCAACAUCUGUACGAGGGAUAUUUUACCCAUUUCGAGUACAAUGUAGGCUUUUUGGACCCGGUCUUGUAUAACUUCGACUACACACGGCGAAGAUCGAGCUUCUUGUUCACCACCUUGAUGUCAAUAUCAGCUCGGGUGUUUCGGCCAGACCUGGCCCCGAUUCUCAGAAAACAUGCAGAAGUUAUACUGGGGAAAGUCCUUCUUUCGUGUGAAGCAGAGAUUGAGAACAUCUGGGCUAUCAUCUGCUUGUAUUACUGGAAGGAGCUUGGUGACAAGCGAGGGUAUACUUUGAUCGGGUUUGCAAUGCGACUGGCGGCUGGGUCGGACUGGCAUGGUGGAUGCCGCAGCGCUUAUACUGGGUAUGACGAGACAACUAUCCAAAGCAAAAUAAAAGUGACGGAGAGUGAAGCGAGGAAGCUGCGAGACCAGGACAGAGCAUGGCUCUAUCUAGGCAGCCUCGAUAGAACGCUAUCCUUCUUCACAGACCGCCCACUUGCCAGCAUCAUUGUUGCUCCUGACCUGGACUCACGGGAUUGGAUGAGGACCAGCAACUCUUGGACCUAUCCUUUCGGGGAUGCAAGGGCCCUGGCCGGUCAAGAGCUGACAGAUAUUGCAAAACCUGUGCACGACUACGUUUGCGCGACUAAGAGAUUGAGACGAUCGCAGAGCUCCUUUUCGGAUGAUACGUCGGAUCUCUCUGAUGCCAUUCACAAGCUAAAUCAUAACUUGAUCGCAUGGUCAGAGUACUGGGCACCUAUAUUUGCGUCGCACGAGACCUCGGUCCAAGUUCUCGAGUCUCAAAUUUACAUGUACGGAAAUCAAAUCCGCACGUAUUUUAAUUCAAUAUUACUUCACCGUGUGCUGGAGUCCACGGGAAACUGUGUCACUACAGACAAGGCGAUUGAAGCCAUUGGCUCCUGCUAUUCUACCGCUCUGGGAGUGCUUCGGGAGGCCAUCAAGUUUGGGCGAAUGGAAGUAUUAUACUACCUGUGGGACACGGCACAUCUUAUGAUUGCCUAUGCAGCUAUGGUAUUACUCAAGCUACUUAAACAAGCACCUUCUUGUCCGGGUGUGUCUUUACAGGAAGCGUAUGGGGUAGUGAAAGAAGCGGCGGAGGUUCACAGCUCCGCCGCAAGAUCACUCUCCGCGGAAACGAAUGACGCCACUGACUGUGCGUAUGCGAGCCCAGCUGCAACCACGGUGGAAGCACAAGCACGACUGUUAAAAUCGAUUUUAUUCCGAAUGAAGGCUGACAUAAUACCACCGAGUCUUCGGUCUGACGAUGAUUCAAGCAGGUCAAAUAGCAGUGCCCAGGCAUUUAGCGGUUUGUCGCCCGCCAUAGGCAAUCAAACCGCAUUUCCGGAUUUUCUGCGACCACAGAUGCCAUGCGAGCCUAGCGGGGAGGCCGUGAGAGCCAACCAAGUUGUAAGCAGUGACCCUGAAUGGGAUGAAGGUCAGCAAAUGGCCGAGUUGGCGGAUGAGAUGGACCUCUCUCUAGACACCUCAUUCAUUGAAACCUGGUUUACCCAGGCGGGACUGCUUCCAUGGGAUGAGCCUGGGAUGUUCAAAGAGCCUCGAUAG